AUGGAGGACGUAUGUAGGAACGACGGCCCAACCUACAAGGCCUUGAUGCCAUACAUGAAGUUGUAUCGGCCCACGGACCUGCUGCUGGCUGAUGUCGAGGAUUUGGUGGCACCUUUGCCAGAGCGCCUGCAGAGGCUUGCGGCCAGCUUCUUCACGCGCCACGCAGGUGCAGGUCAUGUGGGAGUGGCGGAUGACGACGGCGAUGAGUACAUGCGCAGUGGCCCCACAACCGCGACAGAAGCAGAUUCUGCGGAAGUCGUUUCACCCACGUCUACGCUCAAGGCCUGGGGAACACUCGACUUGUCUGGGCGCUACACAUCCUCCCGUUUCCACAUCGCGCAGCUGCCGCCGGUUUCUUCUCUGCCGGAGGACGUGCGAACCAAGUGGAUUGACGACAUCCCAGACAACAGCGUCAUGUGCCUGAAUCUGGCGUUCUGCAACCUCCGUGACGAAGACAUCAAGCACGUCACAUCGACAGUGCAGCUGCUGGCUGAUCACAAGAAGAUUUACGACCGCACGGGCCUGAUUGUGGUGCUUCGAGGGUCUCGGUUCUACCGCAACUUCGCUGACCUCGAGAAGCUGCUGCAAGUGUGCGAGCUGGUGGACAUCUGCCUCACGCCCAUGGCUUCCGUCGACAACCGCGACAACAACUUUUUGGGCUUGUUCAAGCGCGGCUUGCUUCACAAGCUGCACUUUGUCGAAGGGCGCCACAACAUCGACACAGCCGUGCAUAACCUGUUUGGCUCAGACCCUGAGCCUGCCGGUGCCAACACCAUCCUCGCCGACAUAUGCUCUGAGGUGGCUUUGGUGGCGGAUGCUUACAACGCCUUCAACAACCCGCCACUGCAUGAAAGGACGACGACGAGACUGUGGCAGAAGGACCUGCGCCAGAGGCUGAUGGAGGUGCGCCGCAAGGCUGAUGCGGUUCGCGCGCAAGAAGCAAUGGUGCAGGUUCGCGUCCAAGUUGCCGCUGGAAGUGUUGGUGAGGAGACCCCUUCCCUCGGCUGUCACCACGCUGCUCUCAUCUUCAUUCUCGGCGCUGCAACGGGAGCGCUUGCAGCAGCUGCACUACUUCGCAGAUGA